UCAUUUCAAUACCAGACAGUUGUGUCACAUGCAUACUAGCAUCUCUCCUAAUACCAUCUCAUAAAUAAAUAGGGAGUGAAGCCAGGACCUGUGGAUGCCAUGGUUGUAGUGAAGCCCAAACCAGAUGCUACUCCGGCAAGCGGAAUUAGGUAUGCAGAGUCCAAUUAAAUAGGCAGACUACAAUGUGUUUUGCGAAAUAAAUGUUAUUAAUCGCUGUUAGAUUCUGGUGUAUUUCCUAGUGAACCCUUUACUUUUCCUGAUAUUGUUAUUCCAGAUCUACACUUUACAAGAGCUACAGCGGUGAGCUACCAGACCCAUCAACCCUCAACCCACUACCUGCCUAUGCUGACAUAGAACCAGACUCUCUUCCCCUUAUCUGCAGAAUGAACAUCACAUCUGACAAACCACUCGUGGACUCCAUUUUUGGCAAGGUACAAACUGGCAGUAUCCUGUCAUAUCAACACCCACCACCUCCACCUGGCAGUGUUGUCAUCCAUGAGGAUGCACCACCGUUCCCAAAAGUGCCACUGGACGGUUACCAUUUACAACCAACAGACUGUUCAUACGAGAUCAUGACGGAUCAAGAAAAGCUUCACCUCAGUUCUCUGUCUGUGACUUUGUCACAGUCACACCUGAUUGAGGAAGCAACCAGAUGCCAAAGUGAAACACCUGAGUGGCAUUCACUGAGGAAGGAGAGAGUGACUGCUUCACAUUUCCGGGAGGUAAGCCAUGUUAGGGGUACAAGCACAGCAGAAAUACUGGCAGAAAGAAUUAUCAGAGGGACAAGACAAACACCACUAAUGAAAAGGGGGCUGGAAAUUGAAGCAGGUGCAUUGAAGGACUAUGCAUUUCUAAAAAGUCUUAAUCUGACAAAGUGUGGGCUAGUCGUGCAUCGAGACGUACCUUGGCUGGGUGCAUCGCCUGAUGGGCUGGUAUAUGACCCACUUGAGAGACCAUCAUUUGGUCUAGUUGAAAUGAAAUGCCCAAAUGUAGCCAGCUACAUAGACUGCAAGUUCCUGAGAUUUGACCAUGGCCUACACAAAUUGAAGGAAAGCCAUUGUUAUUAUUGGCAAGUCCAGGGUCAGUUACUCAUCACAGGCAUGGAAUGGUGUGAUUUUGUUGUCUGUGCCCACAUGACAUUUUCGUGCAGCAUAUUUGCCGAGACAGCACUGUAUUAAGCUCCCUGAAAGAGAGAUGUGAUUUGUUUUUCUUUAACACAUACAUGUCAAAAAACCUCUCUAUGAAAAGUAACUGAAUAGACACAUGAAUUAUUGUACAAUCAUUUUAAAAUGUAUUUUGUCAACUGUCUUAUUUACAACAUUGUAAUAUUAAAGGGGCGCUAUGCAGUUUUGGUCAUUUCUUCGUUUUUUUCUCUAUAGAGCUCCCCCUACAUAUAG